UGCACCCGGCGGCACAACCAUGCUCCUACUUGCUUUCAGAACUCUAAACCCUUCAAUACAAGACACAGGGUUUUGUUUUUGUGUCUCUAAAACCGAAAUGAAGGAUCACUGAUCAACUGAAGCUUGAAGACCCUCUCUUGCCCAUCUUCUCUUCCUGCUUCGUUUCUCUUUUCUUCGGUCAUGAAGUUCAUACAAGCCAUUUCUGGGCACCGCCGAGCGUUGGUACGAGUUCUGGGUCUCCGCCCCUUCGCUACUACGACUGAAGAAUAUGCCAAGAGAAAUUACGCCAACAAUGUUUCAGAGUAUAAUACCGUUGUGGGUUCUCUCACUGCUCAGCGAAGGCAUUACUUGCUCAGAGAUGUCUAUGACGACAUGAUGCUCGAUGGAAUCCAACCCACAAGAGAUACAUUCCAUUCUCUGAUUGUCGGGACAAUGAAGGGAGCUCGCUUGCAAGAUGCUUUCUUUUUCAGAGACGAGAUGAAGGCGAUGGGUCUGUUGCCCGAUGUUGCUUUGUACAAUUUCUUGAUUUCAACCUGUGGAAAAUGCAAGAAUUCUGACCCUGCAAUCCAUAUUUUGGAAGAGAUGAAGAAAAAUGAGGUGAAACCAAAUGGGCAAACAUACAUUUGUCUACUCAAUGCGUGUGCAGCAGCUGGCCGACUAGAUCAAGUGUAUGCAAUUGUCCGUGAUAUGACUGCAGCUGGUCUUGGUUUGAACAAGUUUUGCUAUGCCGGAUUAAUAGCUGCACAUAGGAACAAGACACCUAUAACAGAUGAUACACCUAAAAAGAUAAUUGAGCUUGUUGAGCAGUCGAAAGGCUGGUCAUCAGUUGAAGCUUCAAGUGAUAUUGCAGAAAAUGUGAUGAUGGGAGUUUCUGAAGAAGAGCUUUAUAACACCUCAACUGCUGAAUAUGUUCACAGGCGUGGAUUCCUUAAUAGGCAAUUGACGGUUUAUCAUGUUGCAUUUCAUGCUUGUGCAGAACUUAAGAGUACAGAGGCAUUGGAAACACUUUUAGAGAUGCUUAAGAAGGAUAAUAAAACUCCAGAUGUCUUCAUUGUGAUACAAACUAUGAGGUGCUAUCUUCAUUCUGGGGACAUUGACCGUGGGGUGAAGACUUUUGAUGAUUACCUAAGUUCAGGAAAGCCACCUGCAGUGGAAUUAUUUGCUACACUAGUGGAUGGAGCCAUGGUUGGAUAUACUCCAAGAGGGAUGCAACUUGCACAGGACACUCUGGAAAAAAUGAACUCCAGAGGCUUUUUCUUGAACACAAAGAUAGGAAAUGAACUACUCCUUGCAGCCUCAGGAGAAAAGACGGGUGGAUAUACUACAGCCAAUUACAUUUGGGACUUGAUGCAAACUCGAAAAAUCAAUGUCUCUCUUCCUGCUGUUGAAGCCUAUUACAAUGGUUUAAAGGAUCGUGAGAUACCUCCAGAUGAUCCAAGACUCUUAUUGGUCUCUCGGACGUAUGAAAACUUGCGUGCUAGAUUUGGACCUGCAAGGUUUUCUUAGUUGGAAGAUAAAUAUGAUGUUCCCGUUCACCCAUUAACUUGCUUGAUGCCUACAUAGUUCUUCAUUCUACAUUACUGCAGUAAUUUACCCUAGUUUUUCUUUUUAUUUUAUUCUCCCCCACUUGUGUUGUCACAUUAGAUAUGUUUCUUCAGUUGGGCUAAUGAAUACCAGAUUUAAUAAAAAAUAAUUCAGAGGCAGUUAUACGUAUA